CACAGUAAGCUUUGGAGUCAUUCGUUCAUUAUAUUUUUUCUAAAAAUUCAAAUCGAUUUACUCUUUUUUGGCUGCUUCUUUUUUUUAAAUUAAAUUAUAAAAAAAUGGACAAAAUUAACAGUAGCAAAGUUAAGGAUGUUUUCAAAAAUGUUGGAAGAAUGAAAGGCCUGGAAAUAUGGCGCAUAGAGAAAUUCGAAGCUGUGCCAUGGCCUAAAAGUGAAUUUGGUAAAUUUUACACGGGUGAUUCGUACGUGAUUUUGAGCACGAAAGAAACCAACGGUGUCUUGUCCAAUGAUAUUCAUUACUGGAUAGGCAAUGAGUCUACUCAGGAUAAGUACGGUGCUGCAGCCAUUUAUACAGUUCAUUUGGGCGAUCAACUAAGCGACCGGGCGCCACAACACAGAGAAACGCAAGAACAUGAGUCGAGUCUAUUUCAAAGCUAUUUCAAAAAAGGAAUCCGGUAUUUGGAUGGUGGUACAGAUAGUGGUUUUAAUAAAGUAACUACGAAUGCUGAAGGUGAACCACGUUUGUUCCGCAUGAAGGGUAAACGAAAUGUUCGCAUACGUCAAGUACCACUAACUAUCCAGUCGAUGAAUCAGCAUGAUUACUUUUUACUCGACUCUGGUCGUAAAAUAUUUGUCUAUCCGCCAAAGAUGAUGAACAAUUUUCAAAAAACGAAAGCGAACGAAAUUGCGAAACAAAUACGGGAUCAAGAUCAUAACGGAAGAGCCAGUGUUCACAUUUUAGAUCAUCCGAUUUCGUACGAUGACCGGAAAGAGUUUUUUGGUAUUUUAGGGUGUACAUCAUCGAACCCUGCAAUACCGGACGUACAAGAAGAAGACGACGAUGAUGUUAUUGAAAUGAAAGAAAAUGCUACAAUUACGUUGUACAAUGCAACGACGAAGCCUGGAUAUUUCACUACUUCUACGGGUGGAUUGUUGAAGAUUUCUUCUAAGCCAUUGAGGCAAGAGAUGCUGAAGACCGAUAUUUGUUCAAUUUUGGACACCGGAAUCGGAAUUUUUGUGUGGAUUGGCAAAGAAGCAAGUACCGAAGACAAGGCGCUCGCUAUGUCGAAAGCUCAAGAAUUUAUUACUGCAAAUAAGUAUCCCAAUUGGACGCAACUUCACAGAAUAGUGGAAGGGGCAGAACCGGUUCAAUUCAAACAAUAUUUCGCAACAUGGAGAGAAAGCCAACAACAUCGUAUUCAACAUAAAAAGAUCGCUGGGAAAGACUCGGUCGAAUUUCAUCCAUCGACAUUGCAUAAAAAGAAGAGUGGCCGUGGUGGUUUUAUGACGGAUGACAAUGGAAAAGGAAAUGUCGAACUGUGGCGUGUCCAAAAUCGUGAGCUGGUCGUUGUUCGACAGGAAAUGCAAGGAAUGUUCUUUGAUAGAAAUUGCUAUCUGAUCAAAUACAGUGCGCUCAAUAAAGGAGGUAGCGUCAUAUACUUUUGGCAGGGAAAGCAUGCGUCUGUAUUAGACAAAGGUGCGUCUGCAAUAUUGACGGUUAACAUGGCUGAAAAAAUGGAAAGUGGAGCCGUCCAAGUUCUGGUGAAUCAAGGCUAUGAACCGCGUCAUUUUUUAAAAAUAUUCAUGGGAAAGUUUGUAAUUUCCUGUGGCAGCGCCGAGGAGUUUCUGAAGAACAAGGACAGUGGUAUCAAACCGAACGAGAAUCGACUGUUCAAAAUUCGCGGUACUAAUGAAUAUAACGUCCAUGCCGAGCAGAUGAAGGCAGUCGCUGCCUCUUUAGCGUCUGAUGACACGUUUAUUAUGAGCACUCCUGCUACCACUUAUGUCUGGAUGGGAGUUGGUACAUCGGAAGCUGAGAAGGAAAUGGCUAAAAACAACGUGGAACGUAUAUCACCGGGUAGUAAUGCAAUCAUAAUUCAAGAGGGAGCCGAACCCCCCGAAUUUUGGAAAGCACUUGGCGGUAAAGGUGACUAUGACCGAGAGUUGGACAAACCAGGUGCUCCGUUCUUGGACACUCGUUUAUUUCAUUGCAAAGUGAGGAAUGACGGCAAGUUUGUGGUACGGGAAAUUUUGAAUUUUUAUCAAGACGAUUUGGACAUCGACGAUGUAUUCAUAUUGGAUGGCGGCGAUGAAAUCUACGUGUGGGAGGGAAUAGACUGUUCGGAAGAAGAAAAGGAGAAAUCGAUGCAAUUGGCCAACACUUACAUUCAAACUGAACCAUCUGCUCGGACACCGGCAUCAGUGAAUAUCAUUACCAUUCAGCAGGGUAAUGAGCCCAAAAGCUUCAAACAACUCUUCCCGAAAUGGAAGAAUAACUUUUGGAAAUGAACCAUCUUAGCAUCCUGGGUGUCAGCACAGCCGCGCCUGAACAUCAUUCGAAUGGGUUGUAGCGGGCCUC